AUGUUCAAGUUUAUCGCUCUCGUCGUGCUCGCUUUGGUGGCCUGCGUUGCUGCCAAGCCAGGACUUCUCGCCUACUCUUCACCCUAUGUGGCAUCCCCGUAUGUGGCAUCCCCUUACGUGGCAUCCCCAUAUGUGGCAUCUCCUUAUGUGGCAUCACCCUAUGUGGCUUCCCCGUAUGUGGCUUCACCCUAUGCUGCCGCCUACACUGCAGCCGCUGCUCCUCUGCUGCUCAGGAAGUAGAUAAACAAAAAUAAAACCCACACGGAAAAUAUAAGGCUCUGAUUGGAAAGCAAAACAAAUAUAAAUAAAACUGAAAC